GUUAUAGCUACCAAUAUGCUAAACAAUGUCAUGAAGCGUUCCCAUUUCUUUGUAAUAAUUCACAUUCUUAUUCUCUUGUACAUUACAACGCGUGGUUCCUGCCAUGUUGCGAGGGAUGUCGCUAAGACUACAAGUUCUCGUGACGAAAUGCGACCCUUACCGAUCCGCGUUGGGGUCGUUCUUGACCUGAACUCACCGUUGGACGUCAUGGCGGAUUUCUGCAUGAAAACGGCAGUUUCGGAUUUUUAUGCAGCAAAUCCGAACUAUAAUACAGAACUGCAGCUGCACACAAAAUAUGUGGGGAGUGUUGUGGAUGCUUAUGUUGCAGUUCUGGAGUUGUUGGAGAAGGAAGAAGUGCAUGGAAUUAUAAGGCCACCGGGUUAUUCAACAGAAGAAACAUUCUUCACAGAACUUGGACAAAGAGUUCAUGUGCCAAUUAUCUCGUUCACUGCAAGAAGUUCAGCUCUUUCCUAUACAGGAAACCACUACUCAAUCAGGACAAGACCAAAUGAUGCUAUUCAAGCGCAGGCUCUUGCAGUGAUGUGCCGGGGAUUCGAAUGGUCCGAGGUGGUUGUUCUGUAUGAAGACACAGAAUUCGGAAAUCAGUUUCUUUCUCAUAUAAACAAGGCAUUCGAAGAGGUUGAAAUCGGACUAGCAUAUAUGGUUGCCUUCCCCCGUUCAGCUGAGGACAGUUAUCUUCUGAAAGAACUGAACAAGCUAUCAACAAAGCAGACGAGGGUAUUCGUGGUGCACAUGAACCCUUCCCUUGGUUUUCGUUUGUUCGCUCUUGCUAAAAGUGAAGGACUUUUGAGUGAAGGGUUUGCAUGGAUAAUCACUGAUAGUAUAUCCAACUUCAUGAACUCCGUUGAUUCCAUCACCCGUGAUUCAAUGCAAGGAGUUCUUGGCGUAAGGCCUCAUGUACCAAGCUCGGAUGCCCUUAAGAGUUUACAACAACGGUGGAAAAGAAGUAUGAUACUCGAGAACACUACAAGUUCAAUUACAGAUUUAAAUGUUCAUGGUUUGUGGGCAUAUGAUGCAGUGACUGCAUUAGCAAUUGCAAUAGAGAAUAUUAAACCGGUAAACGCUUCGUUAUUCAGUGUGAAAACAACUAGAAAUUGUACAGAGAAGAGGAAAAUGAGAAUCUCAACCCUCGGACCCAAGCUUCUCAGCGAACUAUCAAGCACAAAAUUUACAGGCUUGAGCGGAGAUUUUCAGUUGGUUGAUGGGGAACUGAGGCCAUCAGCAUUCGAGAUAUUCAAUGUUAUUGGAACAGGAGAAAAGACAAUAGGAUAUUGGACCUCAGACAGAGGAAUAAAAACAGAAUUGAGUCAAUCAACAUCAACAGCACAACUCAAAAGUAUCAUGUGGCCCGGAGAUUCUGUUAUACGACCAAAGGGUUGGGCGAUCCCUACUACGGGGAACUUAAGAGUUGGAAUUCCUUCAACACGUGGAUACAAAGAAUUUGUCGAUGUGAUUAUUGAUCCUACAACGAAGCAUGCAAAUGCAACUGGAUUUUCAAUAGAUAUGUUCUUGGCUACCUUGGAGGUGAUACCUUUCCCCGUCAAUUACGAAUUUCAUCACUAUAAUGAUACAGAAAACAUUGAUUGGACCUACGACGACAUGUUGCAUGAGAUACCUCAGAGAUUUGAUAUGGUAGUGGGGGAUACAACUAUUUGGGCUCCAAGAGCAGCAUAUGUUGAUUUUGCACUCCCCUAUUCUGAAUCAGGAGUCAUUCUAGUGGUUAAAAAUAAGAAGCCAUUUGACAUGUGGAUCUUUGUUAAGCCCUUAAAGUGGGAUCUCUGGUUGACAAUCAUUAUGAUCUGUAUUUAUAUGGGAAUAGUUCUUCAUAUAUUGGAACAUCGAGCCACCAAUAAUGACACUGAUUCAUCAACGUCAAAGAAAGAGCGAGCUAGAAUGGUUUAUUGGUCUCCAUUAGCCGUUCUGGCUUUCCCUGAAAGGAACAUGGUCUCCAACAAGUGGUCCUUUUUCAUAUUGUUGGUUUGGUUAUUCAUGGCAUUCAUUCUAAUGCAAAGCUACACAGCUAACUUGUCAGCAAUCCUGACUGUUGAUCAAUUGAAGUUUGCAUUUUCUGAUAAUUACUAUAUAGGUUGUCAGGAGGGUUCCUUUAUGAAACAAUUCUUAACAGAACAACUACAUAUUAGUGCAUUAAGGCUCAGGACCUAUUCUUCACCUGAAGAAUACCACAAGGCAAUGUCUUUGGGAAGCCAAAAUGAAGGUAUUGAUGCCAUAUUUGAUGAGAUUCCUUACAUGAAGGUUUUCCUCAACAAAUAUGAUUCUCAGUACAAAAUGGUGGGGCCAACAUAUAGGACCGGCGGUUUUGGCUUCGCUUUUCCUAUCGGCUCUCCAUUAGUUUCGCAUUUUUCAAAGGCAAUUCUGGAUGUUACUCAAGGUCCAAAUAUGACAUUCAUUGAACAGAAAAAUUUCGGACCUGGAUACUCUUCUCAAGAUCCACUUUCCUCCAGCAUCUCACAGCAGACGUCUAGUCUUACUGUAUACGAUUUUGCAGGCCUCUUUGUCAUUGUAGGAUCAGUAACCAUACUUGCUUUAUUAUGCUCAGAGACAACAGUUGGACGGAAAAUAACUGAUAUGGCCAAACAUUUUAUCUGUAAUUGCUACCAUUCUACAACUACACAAGUCAAUUCCAUGGAGAAUGCUAAUGGCGACGGAGAUUCACGAUCACACGGUAGCCUGGACGAGGAAAUUCACCAUUCCACGCAGAAUAGUGUGAGUAAUCCUGAGGAAAACACAGAUAGACUUGUCAUUGGAGAGAUGGAGCUCCGUGAAAUCGGCCAGAGUAAUGAAACUUCAUGUGCGGAUUGAUAGUAAUGGGGAGAUGAACUCUUUUCUUGCUUCCGCUAAAAAAAUGUCAUUUUCGUUUUUGAUACCACAACUUUUGCGAUUGUCGCUUUUGUUACUAUAAACACAAAAAUACACCUUUUUUUUUGUGGCGAGUUAACGGCAGAGCCAUGUGCCUCGCAUUUGGUUGUUAACUCCUAUUGAUUCACGCGACUUUGACUGAUUUUGACUUCAAAGGUCCUCUUUAUACAAAAAAAAAUGUAUCUUUUAUUUGUACCAUUAAAAUAAUAAUAAA